AUGGGAAAAGUUUCCUACAAAGCGGUUCUCGCUGGAGCGCUACUCGCGGCAUCAGGCGCGCACGCCUCGGUCGUAAUCAACGAGGUCGCGCCAAAAGGCGACGGUGUCAAAUGCGGUGGAAAUGAUUGGAUCGAGCUCUACAACGGCGCGGCCGCCGAGGUCAACAUCGGCAACUUUCAGAUCCACGACAACAAAGGAGCGGGCGACGCCGACACGUUCACGUUCGCGGCGGGCACCAAGAUCGCCUCCAAGGGUUUCCUCCUCCUGUGCCAGAAAGAUGCUCCGACUGCUGCCACCGAAUUCGCAUUCGGGAUCGGCGGGGAGGACACCGUCACCCUCCUCAACGCAGCCGGCACCGUCGUCGACACCACGGGUAAGCUCCCGAAGGUCGAUUUCGAGGUGACCGACCCGUCUCCCACGGUGUACAAGACCUACGCCCGCGAGAAGGACGGCGCGGGCGCCGUCGACGGAACCGCAUUCAAGGUUCUGCGCAAGCCCUCCCCAGGCGCCAGCAACAAGGACAUGCUGCCCGACAAGCUCCAGGUGUAUCUUAACGAGAUCGCCGACAAGGGCACCGACAUGGCUAAGACCGUGGCUUGCGAUCCUCCCGCGGAUUACGUCGAGAUCUACAACGCCGAGCCCGACGCGGUCAACAUCACCGGCUGGAGGCUUCACGAUGACAACGGCAAGGACCACAAGGACGCUUACGUUCACUCUGGCGCCGUGAUCCCCGCCGGCGGUUUUAUGCUCCUCUGUGGUGAGUACAAGGACGGGACCGGGGGUUUCCACGAUUUCAAGUUCGGCAUCGGAUCCGACGAUAAGAUUACCCUUCUUGACGCCGCGAACAACACGAUGGACACCGCCGGCCCGCUCCUCAAGCGCGGUGACACGACCACCGUGUAUGGACGCACCGAGGACGGCAGUGGGAUCUGGACGUAUCUCACUCCUCCAACCCCGAAGAAAACCAACAAGGGGAUGAAGUACAAGCCCGAAGGCGAUGCCGCCGCGACGGCUCCGCCGGGAUCAUCCACCGUCGUGCUCAACGAGAUCGCGGACAAGGGCAGCGAUGCCGUGUGCAAUGGUGAAGACUGGGUCGAGCUUUACAACUAUGGCAAGAAUCCCGUGGACAUCGGGAAAUGGCACCUCGCGGACGAGAAAGGCGUCCUUCACGCGGACGUGCACAUCUUCCCGGACAACGACAAACACGUCAUCCCCGGAUACGGAUUUCUGCUGCUUUGCGGCGAGGAGACGUUCAAAUUUGGCAUCGGCGGCACCGACACCGUCACGCUCCUGAACGACAAGAAGCAGGUCGUCGACGAGAUUGAACUGACCGGCUUGGGUUCUCCGACCAAGACCAUGCAGAGGAAAGUCGACGGGACCGGUGAAUGGGCCUAUUCCGAGAACCCCGCGCCCAGUCCAGGAAAGAGCAACUGCGUGGGUGGUUGUCCACUGCCCGCGGAGGACGACGACAAGAAGGUCAGCGGUGGUGUCAUCGCCGGCGCCGUUCUCGGCACCGUCGCCGGAGCCACCGUCGCCGGUGUCAUUGCGCACCGGGUCGUCAACAACUACAACAAGGAAAAGGUCCCGAAGACGGACCGUGGCUUCAUCGACGUGAACAACGUCUGA